AGGGCGAGGGAGCGCGGCGCGGCGCGGCCGCCGCGUGCGCGAGCCGGGUUGCAGCCCAGCAGGGACUUUCCAGCCGGCGGCGGCGGCCGCCGGCCCUUCCCCGCCCCCCGACAUGGGGCUGCCCGGGGAGCAGGACGCUGCGGACCGCGGCGGAGGACGCGCCCGGCGCCCCUGAGCUGGCCGAGCGGCGCGGACGCGGGAGUUGGAAACUACUAAGAACAGAUGACUUUGUAUGGGUCCUUCCUUCUUUUGCUCUUCCCUCAAGUUCUUCUUCAUGUAAGGGACUCCACUACAUUAUCUGAAGAAGGAUAAGGUUGACGCUGCUUUGCUUUUUCUUUAUUGAAAUCUCUUCCCGCCCUAUCAAGCUUAGAUACAUCUUCUUACAGCAUAUGACACACAGGAUGGAGCCGAGUAAAAAGCUGGACGCAGCCGGCGCCCUGCCAGCCAACCCCCCACUGAAGCUGCACCCCGACCGCGGCGCCGGGCCUGCCGUCCUGGUCCCCGAGCAGGGGGGCUACAAGGAGCGCUUCGUGAAGGCCGUGGAGGACAAGUACAAGUGUGAGAAGUGCCACCUGGUGCUCUGCAACCCCAAGCAGACCGAGUGCGGACACCGCUUCUGCGAGACCUGCAUGGGCGCCCUGCUCAGCUCCUCCAGCCCAAAAUGCACUGCGUGUCGAGAAGGCAUCAGCAAAGACAAGGUGUUUAAGGAUAAUUGCUGCAAGAGAGAGAUUCUGGCCCUUCAGAUAUACUGUAGGAACGAAGGCAGAGGCUGUGUAGAGCAAUUAGCACUGGGGCACCUGCUGGUGCAUUUGAAAACUGAUUGCCAGUUUGAGGAACUUUUGUGUGUCCGUGCUGACUGCAAAGAGAAAGUACUGAGGAAGGACCUGCGUGACCAUGUGGACAAGGCCUGUAAAUACCGUGAGGCCACGUGCAGCCACUGCAAAAGCCAGGUCCCGAUGAUCACGUUGCAGAAACACGAAGACACCGAGUGUCCCUGCGUGGUGGUGUCCUGCCCUCAUAAGUGCAGUGUCCAGACCCUUCUGAGGAGUGAGUUGAGUGCACACUUGUCAGAGUGUGUCAAUGCCCCCAGCACCUGUAGUUUUAAGCGCUAUGGCUGCGUUUUUCAGGGGACAAACCAGCAGAUUAAGGCCCACGAGGCCAGCUCCGCAGUGCAGCAUGUCAACUUACUCAAGGAAUGGAGCAACUCUCUAGAGAAAAAGGUUUCCUUGCUGCAGAAUGAAAGUGUCGAAAAAAACAAGAGCAUACAGAGUUUGCACAACCAGAUAUGUAGCUUUGAAAUUGAAAUUGAGAGGCAAAAGGAAAUGCUUCGAAAUAAUGAAUCCAAAAUACUUCAUUUACAGCGAGUAAUAGACAGCCAAGCAGAGAAGCUGAAGGAGCUCGACAAAGAGAUCCGCCCCUUCCGGCAGAGCUGGGAGGAGGCAGGCAGCAUGAAGAGCAGCGUGGAGUCCCUCCAGAACCGGGUGACCGAGCUGGAGAGCGUGGACAAGAGCGCGGGGCAGGCGGCUCGGAACACAGGCCUGCUGGAGUCCCAGCUGAGCCGGCACGACCAGAUGCUGAGUGUCCACGACAUCCGCCUGGCCGACAUGGACCUGCGGUUCCAGGUGCUGGAGACGGCCAGCUACAACGGCGUGCUGAUCUGGAAGAUCCGCGACUACAAGCGGCGGAAGCAGGAGGCCGUCAUGGGGAAGACCCUGUCCCUGUACAGCCAGCCCUUCUACACCGGCUACUUCGGCUACAAGAUGUGCGCCAGGGUCUACCUGAACGGGGACGGCAUGGGCAAGGGGACGCACCUGUCGCUCUUCUUCGUCAUCAUGCGCGGGGAGUACGACGCUCUGCUUCCCUGGCCCUUCAAGCAGAAGGUGACGCUCAUGCUGAUGGACCAGGGGUCCUCCCGGCGGCACUUGGGGGACGCCUUCAAGCCAGACCCCAACAGCAGCAGCUUCAAGAAGCCCACCGGUGAGAUGAACAUCGCCUCCGGCUGCCCGGUCUUCGUGGCCCAGACUGUGCUGGAAAACGGGACGUACAUUAAAGAUGACACCAUUUUUAUCAAAGUCAUAGUGGACACUUCGGACCUGCCAGACCCCUGACAAGUCUCUGGGGAGGCGGGUCGAGCAGAAGGCAGCCCCUCGGGGGUUUGAAGUGGCCUCGCCCCCACCGAGGCCCUCACGCCCAGGAGGGCUGCGGAGCGGAGGAAGCGGCGGAGGGCGGCCGCGGGCCGGCGGGAGGGCCACGCGCCAGGACACACGCCCCACGUUUUCUAGUAGACUAGCGCCGCUUCACUCAGAAGAAUUAUUUAUCCUUCGACGAGAGAAAUACUGCUGUCAGAGAAGGUUUUCGUUUUCAUUUUUAAAGAUCUAGUUAAUUAAGGUGGAAAACAUGCUAAAGAAAAGAACCAUGAUUUUUCUUCCUUAAACACCAAAAAGAGAACACACACACACACACACGCACACACACACACGCACACCCAUGCACACACCUGGGGAUAGCUGGACAUGUCAGCAUGUUAAGUAAAAGGAGAAUUUAUGAAAUCAUAAUGCAGUUCUAUAUUCAUUCUAAGAUUCAAGAGUGCAGUCCUGUUUCAAACGUAGCCCGUUGUCUGUUUUAAGGCCUCAUCUGGUCUCUGCUUCAAUACUCUGUCAGAAGACCCUGAAGUGCACCUAGGUCUUUUUUGAAAGUCUCUAAAUUCAGAAUCGUUUUUUAAUUUAAAGUUCUAAGAUAAUUGUUACUGCAGACAUUUCAUUUUAAAACGUUGAUAGACUGAUAUUUCUUGGAAGAAAAUGUAAAAUAUCAAACACUGGUUAUCACUUGUGAUAGGAAAGAGAAUAUUCAAUCUGUUGUUAUUUCUCGUUAGAAAUGUAAACCUUCAAUACCUGUCGUAGUUAAUGACACUACUUCAAAAUUACUGUGAGAGGAAAAUUGCUCAUGGAUGCUGUGCAUCAUUUCAGAUUUAUAAUUGUUUUCACCCUAAAAUAGGGCAUUAGUUGAACUUUGGAGUUCGAAACAAACUCCUGUAGGUUUUUAAAGUUCUGCCCCACGUGUUCAGACAAGUUCUCUAUUGCUGACAGCACCGACCUUCCGUGUCCAGUGUCCGGGGGUGGGCAGGUGACUUGUGCUUGAAGGAGGCCCCAGCAGAUGUGUUUCUUCAUCCUGUCAUAUUGCUGCAUUUGUUAACAACGUUUGCGUAGAGAUGGUGGCAUACUGUACAUGUGCCUUAGAUGUGACAUGCUGCUUCUCGACCCCAGCUUUGUGUUCACUCUAAUUCCAGAAGGUGAUGGUUCAGCCAGACUUUUCUCUUGAUCACUAGACCUUUUGCCUCUUCGAGGGCCCUCAGACAGCCCUGUACCUGCUGAGGAAGCCGGGCCCCCUGGUCGGCUUCCGGAGCCUCCACUGCUUCGUUAUCACAGGUUCCAAAUCUCUAGGCCCCAAAAGCGAGCCGCCCAGUCCACACGCAGGCAGGGACAGGGCAGGAGCCGCGCCUCUGCGUCCCCGGGCUGCGGGCGCUCACGGCACCCGCCGCGGGGCCCUCGGGGCAUU